AUGACAGCAGAUGAACCAGGAUCUGAUGAUGAAGGAAAUGUCGACACAACAGAUGUAAUUGCCCUUACAAUCAAUCGCCAUGUCAUUCCUGCCAUCAGAUUCAUCUACAUUUCUACAGCUGCUCUUUACUUUGCUCUCAUCGUUGUUCCAAUUGUUGCAAUGAUGAUCGGUUUCCCAAUUUACACUGAAGGAUUAUUGACACCUGUCGAUAUGUUACACGGUAUUGCUUACAUGCGUAACCUUAUUAACAUGAUGCCAGUUUUUGCCGCCAAAUACGCUCUUGAAAACAUUCCUGAUCCAGACAACAGUGGUCAAUCCAUCAUAUCCACAACAACCAUUGCAGAUGACUUCCCCAUGGAUGCAUUUGGUGAUUUCAGGAAGUCAAAUGAAAUCAUCGGUUAUUUAAUUUCACAAGUUCCUCUUGCUCUUGAGAAAUUAUCCACUGUUCUUUACUUCAUGCCCGAUGAUGAGUACGUAACAAAUGCCAGAGAAGCCAUCUACACAAACGACCUUGUCUACAAAUUCUUCCUCAACGAGACAACAUAUACAGCACAAGAUGCAACAGCUACAGACAUGUGCACACAGAUAUCCACACAAGUCCAGAAAGUCAAAGAUGCAACUAACUUCACACAGGACUAUGUCAAACAGUCCGAAUUCCUCACAGCUAUUAACAACAACGUUGCACCAACGAAGAGAUUCAACAACGCUCUUUCUGAUCUAACAGAUUUCAUCACACAUUAUAGCAAGAGAAACCAAAUCAUCUGUUACUCAAUCAUGGGUACAUAUAUUGGCUUAGUUGUUAUCUGCUAUUUCGUUGUAUUAAUGGUACAGCAACACAUGUACAGAAAGAACAAACGCGAUAUCUACAAUUUGUUGACAAUUCUUCCAAAGACAAUCAUUUCAACAAUUUCUGCUAACUAUGAUUCUCUUAAGAAGAAUUCUGUUUCUCAGACAUCAGGUGCAGAAAACCAUGAAGAAACAAAUCCACAGGAAGAAAACAUCAUCAAAGUAUUGAGCUCUAUCACUGAUGGAACAGGAACAGCUUCAUUCCAACUCUUUGGUGCUGCUUGUUUUGUUAUUAUUGCUUUAUGUGGUUGUUUGGCUUCUUAUUUCCUUAUGGAUUCAUAUCAGAUUGCUUCUACAUCACUAGUUACAUCAUCACCACACGUCAACUAUUUGAUGGGUGCCUGCUCAUUUAUUUACGCUAUUUUGGCUUCACUCUUCAAGAUCUUGAUGGAUGGAUAUCCAGGAAUGCACGGCAUGAUGCAGAACAAGACAGAAGAGUUCGAAAUCAUCACGGACAUGCAGAAAGAAGAAGUAGAAUACUUGAACCAACUCAGAUUCGGUCGUCCUUCUGAAGGAAAGAAGCCUUUCAUAGGAAUGACAGACGCUUUGGCAAGAGCAUCAACAAUGCUCAUGUGUCCUUCAUACACAAAGCCACCGCAAACACUCACUGAGUCAGCUGUCUGCUUCUCUGCUGAAUGGCAAAUCUAUCUCUGCCUCGCUUUCGUUAAGAAAUUGAAUCAACAGAUUUUGUUGAAUACAAGUCUUAACGCUAGAAAUGAUAAACUCAAUGAUAUUUUCCAGGUCGGUCCUGUCCAGUUGUAUCAGGCAUUCUUCUUCCCAACAGGUGACGACAUCGUUGAAACAACAAAGACAGAGAUCAACCAACAGAAUGAGACAUUGAUCAUUAAGGGUAUCAUUUUCAUUUUGAUUGCUUUAGUAUUCUCAAUUGCAUUGAUUGUAAUGACACAUCAUGAAGACAAACUCCUCAAGUUCUGUCUCAGAUUGUUCCUCAAAUGUCCACCUAAAGUAGUUCUUUCUAACCAAAGAAUUAUGGAUGUUUUGAGUGGUGAUUACAACACAAUUGAAGAAGGAAAAGGAAAGGUUUCCAACUAUUCAUUCGAAGUUGUCAACAAACUGAAUAAUCCUGUUGUCAUUCUCAAGGAACAAGACAACACAAUCACAAACAUCAACGAAGCAUUCGCGAAAAUGUUUGGAAAGUCAAUUGAUGACGUUCAAGGAAAGAAGUUCCAUGAUUUCAUCGAAGAAUUCCACUUACAGAUGGCAAAUGCUGAUGAUAUCUUCAACAAAGAAACAGCAGAAGCAACAAUGGCUGGUCCAGAAGGAGAGAAGAUGUAUUUGGGAUUCUCAAACCUCACAUCAAACGGAAACAAAAUCAUCACAAUCAGAGAUAAGACACAGAACGUCUUACACGAACAGAUGAGAAGAAGAGAAGAAGAAGUCAGAUACAAUGCUCGCUUCUAUCCUUCCUGCAUCAUUAGUUCCUCGUGUACAAGCUGGUGA